AUGCCGAUGAUGCCGAUGCCUUUCAGCGCCGCCGAGGCCCCCUCGCGGCCCGCGUUCCUGGAGCUCGGCGCGGGCACGGGCGAGUGGGCGCUGCGGCAGGCGGCCACCACGGAGGCCAGCUGGCUCAGCGUAGCUCCGCCACGACCGGGCCGCGUGCACCUGGGCGCGGGGCGUGCUCGCGGGCCACGACAACCUCUGCGCCAUCGGCGGGCCCGCCGUGCCGGUCCUCCAGCUGCUGAAGCCAGGCUCGCUGGCCGGGGCCUUCUGCCACCACCCAGAGCCGCCCUCGCAGGUCUGCGUCGCCGACGCAGACGCGUCGCAGGGACAGCACAUGCUGACCACGGAGUGCCUGUCAGCGGUCCGCGAGGCGCUCGUCCCCAGGGGGGUGUUCGUCAUCGUCACCGACAACCGCAGCUACGGCGACCUGCUCGUCGAGCUCGCCGCCAAGGCGGCGGCGUUCGAGGCCGCCAGCGUGGAGCGCGCGGCGGCCGUGGUCGAGGGCGCCACGCUCCGCGGGGUGGUCACCGAGAAGCACGGACUGCGCUUGGUCGCCGUGGACGCCCCCCACGGUACUUCCUACUUCGACAGGUUGUGGAGGACCGGCGCGGGAAGGUCUUGAAGGAUUUCGCCUACCAUUUGACCGUGGCUCAAGGGAAGCACAACGAGUACUUCAAGACCGAGGGACACUGUCACGCGUUCAGGUUGCUGGACAGCAAGGACAGACAAAUUGACGGUAUUGACCCGAAGCUCGAGGAGUACGCGUGCCUUGCCAAGCCUCAGGACGCGUACGGGCCAGGGACUUUGCAUGCAGAGGAGAUAGUUUUGACAUGCGCCAUUGGUUUUGGCUUCGCAUCGCGCAUCGGGAGGUUCCACAACACCGACAGUCCGAACGGCACUUGGUAG